AUGUCGAUAGCAGAACCGAUAAUCACAUUUAAGGCGGGGAUCUGUGACCUCGAGACUACUGCCAGCCCGCCCCAGGUCAAGCCGAAGUCAACUCCAGGCUAUAUCUAUCUGUAUUCCGAAGAUGAUCUUAUUCACUUUUGCUGGCGCCCUCGAUCUGCAGCACUCACGGAUCCUGAACUGGACUUGGUGAUGGUGCCUUCUGACGGCACCUUCACUCCCUACCGAUCUACACAAUCAGCCACCCAGGCCCCGACAAAUGGGCGUAUCUACGUUUUAAAGUUCUCUUCCAGCUCACAACGGUACCUGUUCUGGCUCCAGUCCAAGAGCCAACAUGAGCGGGGCGACCUUGCAUACUUCAGUCCCCGAGAUUUGAAAUUAGGCGAGAUUGUCAAUACCUUGCUACAAGGAGAAGAGAUUGAUGUCCAAAGAGAGAUUGCGAAUUUGCCUCGUAACGAGCGCGGUUCUGACGGCGACGAUGAUGCCACUAUGGAAGAUGUAGAAGGAUCGCACCACCCUAGUGAUAACCAGGGCGGUAGCGGUGGUGCUGGCUUUGACGCAACAGGAGGAGACAUUCGCGAGGAGGGAGAAGAGUCCCGUGAAGGGGGCGCAGAUGGUGGUCGAGCGGCUACUAUGGCUCAGCCGGACGCAUCCUCGGUGAUACAGGGUCUCCUAAAUUCACUUCAAGGCAACCAGAACGCGCAAGCUCGAAGUGAUGAAUAUCUUUUCACUACGCUCGCCGACCUACUCUCUCCAUCCUCAACAAUUCCUAUGAUCGAGUCCGCCGACGACGACAAAGUCGACAACCUCUUGAACUUCCUACCACCAUCUCUUCUACUCUUGGCACAGAACAUCGACGAUAUACCUGCAUCUGAUGUCAACGCGGAAACAGCCCAAGCCGUGCUUCUGUCUCUCGAUCUGGAACAGAAAAAGGACAUACUCCGACGUGUGUUGCGGUCUCCCCAGUUUACCCAGAGCUUAGGUAGCCUCACAGUUGCUCUCAGGGACGGAGGCUUGCCUAGCAUAAGCGAGGCACUCCAUAUUCAAGUGGAAAACGGGGGGUUUGUUAGACGGGGUGGUGUGCCCCUUGGCGGAGGAGUGGCAGUUGAGGCUUUCCUAGAAGGAAUCCGCAAACAAGCUACAGAUGAAAGUCGUGGGCACACUAUGGACACCGAUGAAUAG